GUCGUUGCCGUGGACGCGAGUAUUUGGAUGUACCAGUUCCUGAUGGCCAUGCGAGACGAGAGGGGCGCCAUGGUCAAGGGAGCGCACGUGCUGGGCUUCUUCCGGCGCAUCUGCAAGCUCCUGUACUUGAAGAUCAGGCCCGUCUUCGUCUUCGACGGCGCCCCGCCUCCGCUGAAGCUGCAGACCCUGCGGCUGCGCAUGCAGCAGCGCGAGUCCGCGGAGCGGCAGCGACGCAAGGCGGUCGAGAAGCUGCUCCGGAACCAGCUGGAGAUGCACAUCUUGCAGGCGGCCGCCGGCGAGCCUGGCGGCGCGCCGCCGGCGGGCGGAGAGCCGGGCGACGGCGAGGCCGCCGGC